AUGACCGACCUCCUGGGAACAUACACCAAGCCCCUAGCCUACCUCGGCCUCUUCGCCCUGGGAAAAACAGCCUUCUCCCUAACCCGCCAGGCAACAACCUACCUCCUCCCAAGUAACCUCCAACGCUACAACACCACAAAAACAAACUGGGCCCUCGUUACUGGCGCAACAGACGGAAUAGGUUUCGGCUUCGGUCAGGAGCUCUGCGCGCGCGGGUUCAAUGUCAUUCUACACGGCCGGAACCCCGAGAAACUGGACCGUCGUCGUCGCGAAUUACAGACCCUGUUUCCCGCUGUCUGUGUUGCUGUGCUUGUGCGCGAUGCGCAGGAUUUGACAGCCGAUAUCGAUGACGUCGAUGCGGAGGUCCGCGAUAUUAUUCGUCGCAGUAAUAGCACUGCUAGUAAUCCCGGCCGAUUGACUGUUCUUAUUAAUAAUGUUGGUGGUGAGACGAAACCUUCAACACUCCUUAAGGAAUAUACCUUUGAGGAUGUGCAGGCGACGGUUUCGCGGAAUGCCACGUUCGCUAUUCAGAUUACACGUGUUCUGGCCGCACAGCUGGAAGAGAAUGCGCCUGGUCUUGUGAUGAAUGUUUCUUCGCUUGCGGCGUUUGGUUUGCCGUAUAUCAGUAUUUAUAGCUCGACCAAGGGAUUUGUCGAUUCUUUUACGAAGUCGCUGCGCGCAGAGUUUGCUGCCGAAGGGAAGAAGGUUGAGGUUAUGGGGCUGCGAGUUGCGGAAGUCAGCACCCCUGGGUAUGAUGUUAAAAGUAACUUGUUCAUUCCCGAGGCCAGAGUGCUGGCUGCUGCUGCCUUGGAUCGGGUUGGGUGUGGGCAGGAGAUUGUAUGGGCUUAUUUCUGGCAUUGGUUGCAGGGCUUGUCGUUUGAGUAUCUACCGCGCGGGGUGUUGAUGAAGAUUGCUGCGAUGAAGCUGAAGGCAAUCAGAGCGGAUCAAGAGGCCAAGGCGAAGAGCAGCUAA